AUGAUAUACAAUAUUUAAGAUCCUUAUAUUCAAAUAACGUAGCAUACAAUAUGCUUCAUCAACGAUAAUUUGUUCACAUUUUAACCAUUUAGUAAUGACUAUAUGUAUGUUUAUUAGAUAAAUAGUUCUAGUAAAUAGUACUCAAAGACAAAAUAAAUUAAUGUGAAAAGUUAUUCUUACGGUUGUAUGAAUUUAUUUCCUUAAUAAUAUAUAAAAUAGAAAUGCCUUCUUGCAAACAAGAAUGGAAAUAAUGUUAAUUUGGUAAGGAUAAAUCAAAAUGGUGAAUUUAUCACAUAGCAAUCCAUUCAAUUUGAGAAUUACUUUAUAUUUGGAUAGGUGAGUGAAAAUGGAAAGUAGUUGAUGACUUGGGAGUUUAAUUCAAGAAAAAUUUUAAUUAGAAAAAUGAGCAAUUAUGAAUAAUGGAUCAUUAAAUAAAUUAUUAAUAUAUUUACCUCAAUAAAGCUAAAAAAUUACAGAUAUGACGUAUACAUUUCAAAAUAUAACAUGUGA